AUCAUAAGAUCGGUUCGACAGCUGGUGUAUUAUAGCGUAGGAAAUGAAGGCCAAUCUGCUAUCUUAAUGGAGGAUUCUUAUUAAGACUUUCAUUUGGGAAUUAUUGCAGCAGUAGUAUUCAUGAUCAUUCCGAAAAAUCCAAUGGAAAUGUGGAUAAAUAUUUUUCUGUGUCUGUGUGGAAUAUCCUCACUACACGGCGGAGGGUGGGGUUACACCCCUCCGGAAGGCAUUGGGGCGAUGUGUGCCGCUAACGUCACCAGAGACACCAGUGUACCAUGUGACUACUCCUCACGACGUGAACAAUAUUGGAGGACCAGUGUCAAUGAUGAUCAACCUUGCAAACUGAAAAUUAAGAAAAGAUCUCUUGAUAAUUUCCAACGAAAAUACACACAUCUCAAGUUUAAUUUUGCUCAACUACUCCUGAAGUUUAGGAUAAAUGAUACGGCGGUAUCGGUUUCCUCUACGAAAUGUGUAAUUCAACCCCUGAAUUGGGCAUGGACCCACAGAGGACAAAAAGGCGCGUACAAAGCUCUUUUCUGGCCACGUGAUUAUUCGAUAUUAUCUCUAGGAACGCUAAAAAGAAAUUUUUUCGGUCCAUACUGUGUGUUCAUUGACAUGCAAGGCAAUUGUUCUUCUUUUGUAAUUGGAGAAAUGAAUACAACACUAGCGAUAGUUCAUGCACUUUCCGAACUGAUACCUGAAAAGAAAACGGACCAUCUUCCGUUCGGAAUGGUGGAAGAUACCAAUAUGUGGUGUUAUACGAAGAUGGUUAAUAUAACCGACACAAUGCGUUCCCUAUGUCGAUAUACCAUUUGUCCACAGAACACGGUGGGCUAUUCCUGCUGCAAACACGACUUCCAUACUAAAUCCCUACAUUGUAACGGAGAGCCGUUCCGGUACUUCAAGUUUUGGUGGGAACUACCGUAUGUUAUUGGUAGCGUUGUAUUCCUAUUUUUCCCGCUCUUUUUUAUUGCAAUAUCGGAUAGGCUAUAUCGGAUAUUGAGGAACCAAAAAUCAAUGAGUUACAAACCAAAUGAACAAGAGGGUUACGAAUGGAUCUCGGAGAACCAUGUGUGUUUCAGCGCGGCUCUGUUCUCCCCGUUUCAAGGUCUUGUCAUCCGACACAUGGUUGCCGUGUCGAGAUUUGUCAGGUUCGCAUUCUCAUUGUGCACGGUGUUUAUAACCGCUAUUUACCUAAUCGUGGUAUGGAAGACUUACUCUCUACGUUUAUUUCAUAUAGAUCUUGUUAAAAACCACGUGACAACUGACGUAAAUUCUAUGCUUUCUGGUUUCGAGAUGAGUCGCCAGAACUUUCUGACGCUGUUUGGUGGUCCAUAUGUUGCGUUCAGCAUGUUCUUACUUCUCUUUGCGGCGCUGUUAUCAGUCCCGAAAAGUUUGGCAAUUUUAUUAGAGUCAGGCUUACCAGAUCCCUCUCCGGAACACUUAUCUCCUCUAUGUGUAGACAUGAACACUGUAUCUACUCUAGGGUCUACACAAUCUCUACAUACAACCAUCGGCUACAAUAAAAUAUAUAGAACUUUACUGGCCCAAAUGGCAAUGUUGUUCAAUCCAGAAUUCUGGAGAUUCGUUCUGAAAUGCCAGAUAAAGAGAUGGAUAAGUUUCAGUGAAUAUUCAUCCCCGUGUAAAUUUCGCGUGUUUCUAGUGUACUUCGUCACACUUCCGGUAUUCGCGGUGACGUGUGUGCUGGAAUGGAUCACUUGCAUUCUGUAUUACGGACUUCCGAUAGUUUUUGUAAAUGUAAUAGUGUAUAGAGCUUAUUGCUCGAACAUAAAACGGUAUUUGCGUAGCACCAAUGGAAGUAUCACAAAACAUUUUACUUUUCUAUUCAUAUGUUUGAUCGCGAUUGUUUUGUUGUACUGUUGCUACAUCUUACAUAUAUUAUUUGUGUAUAGUUUUGUAUUGGUAGCUCGCACCGCCAUAUUUACGUACACUGGUUUCGUAGCCUACCCGGAACACUACCGUAACUACCUUAUAUGUUAUCUUAGCGUCGCCAUAUACAUCGUGGAGUCCAUUCGAUCCAUGAAACUCACGUACGACGAGCUGUUUGAUCAAACCAAACUGGUGUGUGAUAUUAUGAUGGACGACGUUAUGUACAAUGGUUCAAGCAUCAUAAAGACAGUAGAAUCGAAAAUCUUUAUUCCUCAGCGUUUAUUCAAUUUUGUUAUCAGCCAUCAAAAACCUUUGAGAAUUGAAACUUUCUUAAUGUUCUUCAGACUGUUAAUUACUAUCAUGGUGAUCUAUAUGUCCGUAGUAAUGCUGGUCAUAUUUGACACGUUUGACCACAUGAACGUGUUGACCGAAAUUGGAACAACGGUUGUCAUCUGUAUGGCGCCUAAGGUUUUACGAAGUGCCUUUAAAUGUUCCGGAUAUAGUAAUGAAGUGGAGGAGCGACAGACCAUCAAGCUAUGGGUGGUUGACUACCUGAAUGAAUUUACAUCCAAUAUGGAUAGACAUGUACAGGAAAGGGAUAAAUCGAUGUCUCUUGCUGUUUUGUGAAGUACUACAUCACCUGGACACUGCUAUUGGUAUUUUUUAUUAUAGCAUUUUUACCAGUGAAUUAUCGAAAAUUAUUCAUUCUAUAAAAGUGAUAUUUUUAACUAGUGAAAAAUAUCACCUUUUUUCUGAUUUGAUCAAUUAGAACACUGCUUACAAAUGACAAAUUUUAAAAGAUUUGCAUAUAGCUCUCCGUCAUUUUCAUGACGUCAUAAUGCAAGAUAAUAUAUAUUACGUCACGAUUUGGCGUACAUUUGUGAGCCGUUGACAGGGGACCGCAAUGAUUUUGGGAGAGAUUGAGCUGCCUCAGUGUAUUUUGCUUUAAAAUGUAAUAAACAGAGUAUCUAACAGUAUCAUCAGUAACACCAAAUACAUUUCACUCGUGUGGCUAAUAUUUUAUAUUACUGAAGACACUGUUAGAUAUCCUCUCUAUCUUUUGAACUGUGAAUAAAUAUACACUAUAGACAGUCUGAUAACUGAAUAUUGGAAUGAUUUAAUGAUAUGGACAUUACAAUUUUAAUAUGUUUA